AUGGAGAAUAAUUGGACGACUCAAACUCCAUAUGAUUCUGCAAUCACAACAACAAAUGCUACUAAUGCUGCAACUUUUAUUUCAAACAUCACGAUGGGGUCAUUUGUUGUAAGAAAUAAUGGAAACACUUCAGCUCAGCAAUAUCUCAAUUCAACAAUAGCAACAACCGUGAAAACUGAAUCCAUCGAAGAUUUUCUAGAAUACCAAAUAGGAGUCGCUCUGUGGAAAUAUAUGACACUGGUCGUAAUUAUAUUUGGAUUGACAGGAAAUGUUCUUUCGUUUCUUGUUAUGAAAUUUACAAGUAUGAAUAAAAAUGCCUCGUCCAUAUAUCUUGCUGCGUUGGCGAUAUUCGACACGGGAGUACUCCUCGUUGGUCUCGGACGACAGUGGUCUCGUAACAUGUUUGCCUUUGACAUUCGGGCAACGCAUGAAUGGGCGUGCAAAAUCCACAUAUUCUUCACCUAUAUGUUUAUUGACCUAUCCGCCUGGAUGUUGGUCUGUGUUACGAUUGAUAGAGUCAUUCUCGUCUACUUGCCCUUGAAAGCGAAGUCGAUCUGCACAAGAAAGAAAACCACCAUUGUUAUAUGCCUUGUUACCCUUUUCCUCGUUGGGGUGAACUGCCAUUGGUUCGUUACAGUUGGGCAACGUGAUUUCACCAAGUUGAUCGAGGAGGUACAGUUAACUUGCGCCUUCCUAGGGGGAUUUGAAGAAUUCCAUCAAACAUACUGGCCGUUAAUCGAUGCAUCAGUCCGUUCGUUUAUCCCGUUUACUGUUUUGUUCGUCAGUAACAUCCUCAUCAUAGCACAGUUGGUUAGAGCAGCUAUACGCAGGAAGAAGCAAAUGAACGCCUCGAGUUCGAAAACGGACGACGCCACACGGUCGAUGACAAUCAUGCUCGUGAUGAUAUCCUUUUUGUUCCUUUCUUUUACGUCUCCAGCUGUUAUCCUCGAUAUAAUAAUUCAACCUGACAUAACAAGAGCUCCAACGGUGGCUGAAAAAGCAAGUGAGAAACUCACUGUGGCUGUUGUGAAUCUGUUGAUGUAUAUGAACAGUGCUUUGAAUUUCGUCAUGUACUGUUUGAGUGGGAAGAAAUUCCGCAAUUCGUUGCGAGAGUUAUUAUGUGGAAGGAAAUCAACAUACAGAAGACAGACGAACACGCAAAGUAUGAUGACGAGUCAGAGCGAAAUAAACUCCCGGACAAAUGUGGAUAGAAUGCCGACUUUGUCUCAAACCAAGCAGAUUAGAUAAACUGAAUCACAAUUUCUAGCUCUCUCCUCUCAGCGGCUGAAAGAAGGUCGAGAGACACUUGUACCAACCAACCAAAGAUGAAGCUAAAACUGUAUCAUGAUCGUACCCUGAAUUACACACGAAGCUUAAACUUACGCACAUGUUAUCCAUGAUUUUUAUUUAUUCGGAAUAAAGGCUAAGUUAACGCAAAAACAGCGUUACGAGUACUUGAUUACUAUUAGAGAGGUUUCGCACAACGGGUUGGCUAAAACGUAUCCGCAUCCGUAUCUCGUUACGUUUACGGAAACGUAUUUCGAUAAUUU